CGUCAGCGAGACCCUUGCGUGCAUAUCCGCUUUACUUCCGCCCUCUUCUUUUUCCCCAACCACGUGUGUUUACUUUCGUGUCUCUUUUUUCCUCCCUGCAUGGCUGCUAGCGGUGUGUCUGCCGCCUCUGUAGCCGGUGCAGGAGCCCUCAGCUCUGGCAUGGCAGCGGGGAGAGCCGCCGCCGCUUCUGCUGCAGCAGCCCCGCUCGCCCUGCGCAUCGUGGCGGAAUGUCCGGUGAGCAAAGCCCGGGCGUGCGAGCUCACUCUCCCGCACUGCACGGUGAGCACCCCGGUGUUCAUGCCGGUGGGGACGCAGGGCACGCUGAAGGGAAUCACGUCGAGCCAGCUGGAAGCGCUCGGCUGUCAGAUAUGCCUCGGCAACACCUACCAUCUGGGCAUGAGACCGGGUCCUGAGCUCAUUAAGAAAGCCAGCGGUCUGCACGGCUUUAUGGACUGGAAACGCAACCUCCUGACGGACAGCGGAGGGUUCCAGAUGGUGUCCCUGGUGGAGCUGUCGGAGGUGACGGAAGAGGGGGUGCGUUUCCGCUCCCCGUACGACGGCAAAGAGAUCCUGCUCACUCCCGAAGAGUCCAUCGGCAUUCAGAACUCUCUGGGCUCGGAUAUCAUGAUGCAGCUGGAUGAUGUGGUGAGCAGCACUGUGACAGGACCCCGUGUGGAGGAGGCGAUGCACAGAUCUAUCCGGUGGUUGGAUCGCUGCAUCAAGGCCAAUGGAAACCCAGACAGACAGAACCUGUUUGCCAUCAUUCAAGGGGGGCUGGACCCAGAACUCAGGAAGACGUGCCUGGAAGAGAUGACGAAGAGAGCGGUCCCUGGCUUCGCUAUCGGGGGGCUGAGCGGCGGGGAGGAGAAGGAGCAUUUCUGGAAGAUGGUGACCCUCAGCACAGACCACCUUCCCCGGGAGAAACCUCGAUACCUCAUGGGAGUCGGGUACGCGACGGACCUGGUGGUGUGUGUGGCUCUGGGCUGUGACAUGUUCGACUGUGUCUUUCCCACCAGAACUGCAAGGUUUGGCUCAGCGCUGGUCCCCUGGGGUUCCCUGCAGUUGAAACACAAGCAGUUUGCAAAAGACUUCCAGCCCAUUGACUCGGACUGCGAGUGCGCCACCUGCAGGAGGUACAGCCGUGCCUUCCUUCACGCCUUGUUUAAGAGUGACACGGCUGCCAUGCACCACAUCACAGUGCACAACAUUGCGUACCAGAUGUCUCUGAUGCGCUCGGUCCGGCAGAGCAUCGUGGAGCAGAGCUUCCCUGCCUUCGUGCGCCGCUUCAUGGAGAGGAUGUACAGCAGCCAGGAGAAGUACCCGAGCUGGGCCGUGGAGGCGCUGGCAUCAGUGGGCAUCACACUGGAGUGAGGAGGCAUUGAGGGACUGAUCCAGACACACACACACACACACACAGUGAGGAGGCGUUGAGAGACUGAUCCAGACACACACACACACACACACACACAGUGAGGAGGCGUUGAGAGACUGAUCCAGACACACUCACACACAUACACUGACACACACACACAGUGAGGAGGCGUUGAGGGACUGAUCCAGACACACACAGACACAGACAGACAGACAGACACACACACAGACACACACACACAGCAGCCCUAUCAAGAAAACCACGCGAUAUUUUUACACAUAGUAUGUGACAAAAUCUGCAACCAUUUCUGUACAAAUUUCAGAACACCAUACAGUUCCCAAACCCAGCGCCGAGUAGGGAAACGAAAUGGUAAAAGUGAUUUUGAUUUUUACAGAAAGUCUCGCGUGUACCCCAGCCUGGGCCCCUGUUAGCGCAGUAUAUUGCUUCAAAUGUUGUUUUUUGUUUUUUAAUUCCCCUGAUCUAUACCAUGUUGUAUCGCCACCUGUUGCUCAGAACUGGUAUUACACAUUCAGGUGAAUUUUAUUUUAGGGUUGAUCCAGGUUUUUAAUGCGUUUUUUAAAUAAACUUUUGGAUUUUAAAACUUU